AUCUGACAUCACACUCUCCCGCCCACAACUCGUCACGUGACUGUGACAAAAACAACUUCCUCAAAAUCACUCUAGGAAGCUGCUGCGGCCCUUCUAGAGAAGGAGAACUGAAUGUAGAAUUGUUGUGGUGCUGGAUAUAAAAGAUUAUAUGAGGUGAAAUAUUUUAAGAAAUAAAUUUGUACUGUCUAGUAAUGUCAGUAUUGCUUCUUCUGGACACAUAUAUCUGCAUAUGGUCUGCCCAACGGAGUGCGUGGAGGAAGCAAGAUUGGAAGCUCUCAUACUAUAAUAAAUGCCAUUUUUAUUCACGUUUUUUCUUCCUUAGUAGUUUUACACAUCUAAGAGAACACCUUUGCAUUGCUAGCAGAGGAAGAACACUAAAGAACAAUAAAUAUCAACACAGGUGUUUUUCUUGCUCUAGAACUUCCCACUUUGGCACUACUUCUUCAAAGGGUGUAUUAGCAACAAACAAGUCUAUGUCCCGCAUUAAGAACACUUUUGACACCGUAUCCAAAGCUGUGUCUAACACUCACAAUGAAUUAAUUUCACGCAUUGUACGUUCAAAGCCAAAUCCAGCGUCUGUAGGAAAAGAAGACAGCGUCCAUAUAAAUCCAGGUGAAGCUGCACAGCCCGAUAACAGUGGUUCUGAGUGUCAGGAAAAUAAAGACAACCACCUUUUAACUGAGGCUGAAUCGAGAAGUAUUGGAAAUGCAACGUCUUCAAAUGCAUCAGACAAUUCAAUAAAUAGUCCAAAAGAGCUUGUGGAUGCAAGAGGUCUUUUCCAUGCAAGCUAUUUUACAACAAAUUUUGGGGAGACUUACAACUCUUUGGCUAGCCAUAUUAACUUUUAUUUCUUUAAUGAUACAAAUAUGGAAAAAAAAAAUGCUUCACAGGAUUCAAAGCAUCAGCUUAAUUCACCUUUAAACGAUGAACAGAACAAUGGCAAACAAAAGGAAAUCCUUUCUGAGUCUGCAGCUCUUGAUAACGUACCAGGCUCUACCAAAAAGAGCAUCUCAAACUUUCUUACCAGUCCAUCCAACAGUGUGCAUGCAUUUGUGGGUAGUUACUUUGGAGGCUUGGGUUCUAAGCUAAGAUCGGAAUCAAAGCCAGCCUUAGAGGAUAAGGGAAAAGAACAGAACCCUGAAGUGACAGAUAACUGGAGAGAGCAAGACAACAAAGAAACUAAAGGUGCAGAGGACAGAGCAAAGAAGCUUUCCCUUCAGAGGGAAAAGAUUAUUGCCCGGGUUAGUGUUGAUAAUCGGACAAGAGCAUUAGUACAAUCCCUUAGAAGAGCCUCUGAUCGCAGAUUAUGCAUCAAUCGUGUGGAAGAGUUGAGUUGUCACCUACUUGAGUUCCCAGAAACCAGAGGAGUCGCAGUUAAGGAAAAAGUUAUUCCUUGUUUGCUGAGACUUCGGCAAGCACAUGAUGAAACGCUCCAAGCAGCUGUAAGAGAGGCUUUAGCCUUAAUUGGCUAUCAUGAUCCUGUUAAGGGCAGAGGCAUUAGAGUUCUCACUAUUGAUGGUGGAGGAACAAGAGGAGUAGUAGCCUUACAAACCUUGAGAAAAUUAGAAGAACUGACUGGUAAACCUAUCCAUCACCUCUUCGAUUAUAUUUGUGGAGUUAGCACAGGUGCUAUAUUAGCUUUUAUGUUAGGAUUGUUUCAUAUUUCACUUGAUGAGUGUGAAGAAAUGUACAAGAAAUUGGGAAGUGAUGUGUUCAAACAGAACGUUAUCGUUGGAACAGUAAAAAUGGGCUGGAGCCAUGCUUACUAUGACAGUGAGGUGUGGGAGAAAAUACUUAAGGAAAGAAUGGGUUCUGAUAUCAUGGUUGAAACAGCAAGGAAUCCACUGUGUCCUAAAGUUUCUGCUGUGAGUACAAUUGUGAACAGAGGACUACCACUUAAAGCAUUUGUUUUCAGAAACUACAACCAUUUUCCAGGUAUGAAAUCUCCUUACAUGGGAGGAUGUCAGCAUACACUGUGGCAGGCGAUUAGGGCUUCCUCUGCUGCCCCUGGCUACUUUCAAGAGGUUGUUCUUGGAAAUGACCUGCACCAGGAUGGAGGCUUACUUAUUAAUAACCCAUGCGCUCUGGCAGUGCACGAAUGUAAGUGUUUGUGGCCAAAUGCAAAAAUCCAGUGUGUGGUCUCACUUGGGACUGGACGUUUUGAAAGUGCAGGGAAAGGAACCACAACCCACACAAGCCUGAAAACCAAACUCUCAAAUGUAAUCAGUAGUGCAACAGAUACAGAAGAGGUUCAUAAAACACUUGAUGCUCUGCUAGAACCCGAUACCUAUUUUCGUUUCAAUCCAGUCAUGAAUGAAGAUAUACCACUGGAUGAAAGUCGUAAGGAAAAACUUGCUCUACUACAAAUGGACAAUAUGCGAUACUUAGAUAGGAAUGAAGAGAAGCUUAAGAGAGCCGCCCAGGUCUUGUCACAAGACAAAACUAUUGUUCAGUCUCUUCAUGACUGGAUUCAACUAAAAAAAGAUAUGUAUGAAGGAUUUCCACUGUCAAAACUGUAAUACCUAGUGUGCGAUGUUCAGUAUUUCUAUUCUGAAAGGAUUUGUAUUCGGACAUAAUUCCUAGCACUUAUUAUUUUGCCAUUUUUAACUCGUCUAAAUGUGUUUUGGUUUUGCCGUAAUAAAUAUAAGGUAAAAGAGAUCAUUGGACUUUAGUUUACUGUAAUUGCUGCUCUU